GACACUAACAGCAGCCUUUAACACAGCCCAGCCCUCAUUUAUGUGCUUUCACAUUAGAGGCAACACAGGAUACACUCUCACACACACACACAAACACGCACACAUAUGCGUACACUGGUAACCACUUACGCAUUUAAUCAUAUCUCAAACUGGAGCCGGAGUGAGGAAACAGAAUGUCAGGGAAGGAAGCGCUGAAGCCAGUGGGAAAGCAGAAUUUGCCUCAAGUCUGCAGAGCUCUUUUUUCACCCACUCUACAGGAGGUCUCAAGGAGAAGUUUGGAAUCAUAAAAGUGAGCAAUUAUCUGUUGAUAUUUGUGGAAAUAGUCCAGCACACAAACAGAUUUUAGAUUUAGUUAAGUAGCAGAAACUUCAUUCGGCUCCCACUCUCAAGAUCUUGAUUUUUCGAACAGAGAAGACAUACAUCAGGAGGAAAUUCUUGAAAUUCUCUUUGUCUCUGACUACUCACCGCUCUCAAGGUCUUUCAGAGUCUCAGCAUCUGCUGCAGGAGGACACAUCCUCAGGUUACAGCACACUGUUCCUGGCUCAUUGUUCUGGGUCGAGGUUAUCCUGGAGUUUGGAGGUGGGCAUAGACCACAAGGAAAGAUGAGUUUGUCACGGAAUGGAACGCUGGAGAAGACCGUAUCUGAGCAGGCCCACUCUGAGCCUGGCUCCCCCUCCAGAGUGGGGUCAGGAGUCGUGGUGCCGCCUCCCUACUCUCUGGGCGGAAGCGAAGCCGCUGACACCCCCCUGGAGUUAAGGGGCUCUCUGGACUGCUGGGCAUGCUCUGUGUUGGUCACGGCACAGAAUCUGAUCAUAGCACUGAUCAAUGGCGGGCUGGCCAGCAUCAUUUUUGGCACAAUCCUCACCCCUGCUCUUGUCAUGAUCAUAUUUGGCUUUCUCUGCCAUUCCACGGUGCAGCCCCAUGGAACAUCUCUGUAUUGCUCAGACAUGCUGGAUGACGCCGGCUGCGUGGCUCUGCUAGUUGUGGGCUUUUUGCUGCUCACCCCUCUGCUGGUCCUGGCACUUGCUGCCUACUGUCGCCUAGCCCGCCACCUCCAGCUAGGAAUGUGUUUCAUUCCUUAUAGCCGCGCUGUCUACAAGAACCUUCCUGCUUCUCGCCAUCGGAGGGCUGACGCAGGAGGCUGCUGUGGCCAGCAAGGCACUUCAGAAAGGGAGGGAAAGGGUAGCGUAUGGGUGUAGGAGAGGAGCGGAGGAUUGUGUAUGGUUGUAUCUCUUUUUAAUGAUGAGAGAUAAUGUGAUUUGAGUCUUGGUAUUUUUUUAUUCAAAUAACCACAGUUUUCUAUUUUUAAAGCCAUUGCAAACAGCCAAAAUAUUUCAUGAUUUAUAGUGAUUGUUUGGAACUCAAUAUUGUUUUUUAUAUGCAAUUUCAAUGUACUGAAUGUAUUUUAUACAAUAAAGUGUCACUUGAC